UGUUACAACGUUUGAGAGGCGUACGGCGAUGUUGUACAGAGCUCAAUUUGACCUGCCUCCUCCGGAUGCUCCGCGAUUGCGUCACACCAUCCAUUUAGUGGCACCGACCACAUUUUCAGGUCAGGCAUACAUUGGCUCUUGCUGUUACGAGAGUUCGUUCGUUGAGUCAGAAGGGGUAGACUAGUAGCGUAUUCAAUAAUGUAUUUUUUGAAACGGAGGAGUCGGACAGGAUUUUUCAGUCAACAUUAAUAUAUCCUAACCGAUUGUGCCUAGGCAGCUGAAAACAUGUGCUCAGAAUGUCAGUCUGUAUGUUGUGAAGGGAAUAUAGCUCCACUUUGUAUUUUUCCCCAAUGACGGCUGAAAGCUAAGGAUAGGCUAUGAUUUUCUGCAAAACGAAUGGCGUUGUUUGUGUGUGAAAUUGGAUUAUGAAACGAUGCCCACUUUCUCGCUGACCUGACUCACUGUCGCUCUGGACUGUUUAGAUUUGGUCUUUUAUUUUCAUAAAGGAUCUUUGCUCCACUUGCAAAUCUCGAACGAUAAAUGCGCACAAAAUUGAAUGCCAAAAUUGAACAGGUGACGUCAGUUUAGUGUGCUCAGACUGGAGAUGCUGGUCCCAUGGAUGUGUCUCGACGGGAAUAAGGUUCAGUGAUUUGCCGUUCCAGCCCGAGCGCUUUCUACUAACGGAAUCGCUUAUGAUGCCCAGAGGUUUACGGAGGCUUGUGCACCUGGUGCUGUUUUGCCCUAUGUCGAAGGGGCUGCAGAGUCGUCUCCCGGCGUUAAAGGUGAAGUACCUGCUGCUGGCCUGGCUGGGGAUCCUGGUAGCCAGCUGGGUCCUCUACAUGCAGUACGCCUCCUACUCAGAGCUCUGCCGAGGACACGUCUGCCACAUGGUCAUCUGUGACCACUACAGGAGAGGCAUUAUCUCAGGGUCGUCCUGCAAGGCCCUGUGUGAGGAGAGGAGCCUGACUCUGCAGCGAUGCAUGUCCACCUCUUCCACACACCAAGUGUACAGUGGUCUGUGGAAGGACAGGCCUGUGGUGAUAAAGUGUGGUCUAGAAGAGCCUCUGAAGGGGGACGGAGCUCCUGACUCUGUACUGAGACAGGAAAUUACCCUGUUUGACAAGCCCACCCGCGGGACCUCCAUGGAUGAGUUCAGAGAGAUGUUGCACAGCUUUCUCAAGUCUAACCUGGGAGAGCAACCUUCUCUCACCACCUUGGUGGGUCGUGUCAUCACCCUGGCCGAUGUCAACAAGGACCGCAAGGUGUCCCUGGCGGAAGCCAAGUCUGUGUGGGCUCUCCUCCAGAUCAACGAGUUCCUUCUGAUGGUAGCCCUGCAGGAGAAGGAGCAUACCCCCAAACUGCUGGGCUUCUGCGGGGACCUGUACGUGACUGAGCGCGUGGGCCACAGCUCCCUCUAUAGGUUGGAGGUCCCCAGCUACCUGCAGGCAUUAGUCCCAGAGGCCCUGAGCUCCAGCCUGAACCAGUGGCUGGCCCCGGCGUGGCCCCGGAGGGCCCGCAUCACCAUCGGCCUGCUGGAGUUCAUAGAGGAGGUGUUCCACGGGGCCUAUGGCAGCUUCCUGAUGUGUGACGCCAGCCCGCGCCACGUGGGGUACAACUUCAGGUAUGACUGCAAGAUGACAGACCUGCGCAGCGUGGCGUCCGAGAUGGCGGUCCGCAGGUUCCUGCGGGGACGUCGCUGUGAGACCAACGCUGACUGCACCUUUGGGCGUGACUGCACUGCAACAUGUGAUCGACUGGUGAAGCAAUGUAACACAGAGGUGGUCCAGCCCAACCUGGCCAAGGUGUGUGUGAUGCUACAGGACUAUCUGGUGUCCGGGGCGCCCCAGGACCUCCGCAUAGACCUGGAGAAGCAGCUCCGUACCUGUGUGACGCUCAGUGGCCUGGCUAGCCAGAUGGAGGUGCACCACUCGCUGGUUCUCAACAACCUGAAAACCCUGCUGUGGAAGACCAUCUCCAACACACAGUACUCCUGAGGACCACAGAAGAGCUGCUGGGAGACAUAUGUAGGCCUGGGUCGUAUUCAUUUGACACCAAAUAAAGGAAAAUGGAUUGAAACAAAUGGACAAUCCGAAGUUGUCCAGUAAGAUUUUAUUUACCCUAGAGGUACUUCCCCUAGAGGUACUUCCCCUCCUACCCUACUUUUUCGGGGCAGUUACAAGACAUGCCAAAAGCUUGAGUAAAACAGACUAGUAAAUCACUGACUGAAAGUGAAAAUGAAUGAAAAUCAAAUGGGUUAUGAUUUAAAAGUAAAGGCAGUUUAUUUUUAUGGAAGGAUUCUUUAUUUUGUGAAGGAGAAAACUGUCUGGUGUAUUCUCAGGGCCUUGCCUAUGUACUGAUAAUUAACUGUACAGUAUUCUACUUUAAAGAGUAGUUAUUAAGUGUAUAACUUCUAUCAGGGAACGUCAAUGUAGAGGUGUAAUGCCAUGAAAAUAUGGGAGUGAUGUAACAGUAUGUGGGAAAACUACUAUUUCAUCUGUGUGAAUGAUCCAUCAGACAAGGUCAAAUGAGAUGGAAAUAUGGAGGGAUCACUUGAACUUUUGUGAUAGAUCAUAACCAAACUAUAUUACUCAGAUGAAAAAAUAUAUAUACAGCACUCCAAACUAUGUCAAUUUUUCUAGACAAAAAAAAUUGAAGUCUCGGUAUUUUAGGAAUUAUACAACAGGUUGGUCUAAUCCUGAAUGCUGAUUGGUUAAAACCGCAUUCCAGCCAGUGUCUAUUCCACAAGGUACCACCAGCUAAAUUAUUACAUUAAAAUGACUAUUUACUGUUCCAUCUGAUUACGCAAUCCACUGUCUCAUCAGCCCAGCCAGGAUGUUUAUAAAUUUGAUCCACUACAAAAAGGUAUCUAGACAUUUAGUUAACAGCGGAGACUUGUAUAAACCUUGCUGUCUGUCUGACAUACCAGGCGAUAUUGCACCUCAUUAGCUCAUUGCUAUGAUGCAUCCAAAUAAACAAUAAACAUGCAUCCAAACAAACGUCACAAAACAGCUUAAAAAACGCAGCUAUUUAGGCUGCACUGUUUGACGUGACAAAGUUAGCCGUAGUUGGCUAGCUAGCAAGCAAGGGAUAAGAACGUUGCCAGCCAGCAUGGCAAUGGAACAUUAAGAAUGAACGACAGAUACAGAACAAAAAAUGUAACGACUGGGGCGCGUCUCUGGCAACCGAAACACCAGCCGGCUUGGGUAACAACCCUAGAUUUGUAUCGGGACUAUCUUGUGGAACGAUGAAAUAGUAUGAACAAAUACAUCAAAACAAAAUGUUAAUCAUUAUUUGAAUAUGUUGGUAACCCGUUGUAUAAAAGUGAAUAUGCACUCAAAGCCGAUGUGGAUGAUAUUGGCACGGUUUGCCGGACCGAACACCCGUGCCAAUAUAUACUCCAAACACCGGCUUCUCUGGCAUUAUCACUUAAGGGGGAAAAAGCGGUCUUUUACCAUUGUAUAGUUCGCCCCGCCAGUAUUUCGCAAUUCACAUUCCAACCAACCAUGUUCUCGCCUCAAGUUCCAUCAAUUUUUCCAUGGCACCAAUAUAUUCAUUUUACAGGUGUACUUGUUAAAAUAGUCUCCAGUGUCAGUAGAUACAUUGUAAUAGUGACAUGUUUCGGCAUCUGAAGGGAAACGCUCAUAAGAAAAUACAUUUCAACCAGUGAGAUCAGUUUGAGAUUUGAAUUAGCUUGAAAAUUGCAUCAUGAUAAAAGUGAUACUCAAAACCAAAAUCUGGUCCAUUAUGCAAUUUUAUUCUUCAAAUUCAACAGAGUAAAUUGGUUCCAAAUAAUGCCUAAUUAAAUAAAGGGUACACCGUCCAGAGGUUAACAUGAUCAGGUAACACUUAUCAUCCAUCUACCCAAAUACAGUGCCUAUCAGAUUCUACCAACUUUGCACAACUCUUACAGCAACAUGCACAGUGUACAAAACAUUAGGAAAACCUUCCUAAUAUCGAGUUGCACCCGGUUUUUCCCUCAGAACAGCCUCAAUUUGUCGAGCCAUGGACUCUACAAGGUCUAGAAAGCUUUCCACAGGGAUGCUGGCCCAUGUUGACUCCAAUGCGUCCCACAGUUGUAUCAAAUUGGCUGGUAGUGGACCUCAAUACCGAAUAGCUUAUUCCAUCUCAUCCCACAAAUGCUCAAUUGGAUUGCGAUCUGGUGACUGGGCAGGCCACUGCAGUAAGCUGAAUGAAUCAUUUGUGGAACCAUUCCUGGACAAUCCAAGCCUUGUGGCAUUAUCCUGCUGAAAAAAAAUCCAUUCACAGAUUGAUACACUGCUGCCAUGAAGGGAUGCACCCGAUUGGCAAUCCUGUUUAUAUAUCCCUUGGCAUUCAAACAUUGUGCCACUUAUCAAGGGGCCCAAUGUGUGCCAUGAAAACACCCCACACCACCAGCCUGCAAUGUUGAUGGAUGAUGGAUGCAUGCACUCAUGUGGUUCUCACCAUACCCAAGUCCUCCCAUCAGCGUGAAACAGCAGGAACUGGAAUUCAUCAGACCAUGCAAUGUUUUUCAAAUUUUCCAUGGUUUGUUCCUUAGCCCACUGCAACCCAUUUAUUUUUUUGUGCUGAAAGUGGAACUCCAAGGUCGUCGGCUGACAUGCCCCAUUCGUGUCAAGGUACGACGAGUUGUGCAUUCUUUUAUGGGUCUUUGGGCACCAAUGUUGUACUGGACAGUCAGUUGACUAACUGUAGCCAGUCUGUUGCUCUGCACAAUUCAGGUCAGCCUCCUUUAUCGUUUUUUGUCAAAGACCCAUUUUCGGCCACAGGUCUGCCGUUGGCUGGAUGUCCUUUAGGCGGUGGACCAUUCUUGAGACACGGGAAUCUUGAGCGUGAAAAACCCAGCAGCAUUGCAGUUCUUGACAAACUGAUACGCCUGGCAGCUACUACCAUACUCCGUUCAAAGGCACUUCAAUCUUGCCCAUUCACCCUCUGAAUGGCACACAUACACAAUCCAUGUGUCUCAAGUAUUAAAUCUUUUAACCCAUCUCCUCACCUUUAUUUACACAGAUUGAAGUGGAUUUAGCAUGACAUCAAGGAUCAUAGCUUUCACCUGGUCAGGCCAUGUCAUGGAAAGAGCAGGUGUUCCUAAUGUUUUGUACACAGUGCUUGUUGCCGUAAGAGUUGUGCAAAGUUGGUCGAAUCUUUUUCCAAAUGAUUCAGAACUAAUGGAUGCCAAAGGUGCUUCCUAGUACUAAGUCGAGGGUGGAGACUUAUCCAAAUGAUGAUAUUUCAGUGUUUAAUUUGUUAAAUUUUCUAUAACGUUGAAGAUGUGGAGUAGGUUGUGUAGAUCUGUAGGAAUAUAAUAACAUGUAAUCCAUUAGAUUACAUAUUAAUGCAACAAAACAGGGCCCUAAACUAUAGAAGAUGUCACCAUAAACAGGCAAGAGUGUGGCCUGCACAAUCCUUUCUCUACCAUCACCUUGAAUCUUCAACUUUGAAACUGGCCACAUCUUGGCUUCUUCGUCACAUCUGCAAUCUGUCAAAUAACCCGGAAAUGGGUGAGAAAACGAUAGCCAAAAAACCUAUCAAUCCUCCAAAAUGAUCAAGAAAGUAGACCUCAGAUCAAAGUGAAUCAAAACUCAAAGUCUUGGACUAAUGGCAAUUACCAGUCAGUAAACAAAUUAGCUUUGGCACAACACAAGAAACACAACUCCUGAGGGUGAGGGAUCUUAAAGGAAAAGUCCACCACAAUUUUUGGUGUUCCAUUGUUGACAUAAGUAAAACAUUUUUGGACUAUGUCACCAAUGGACUAAAGCAAUAAAUACCAAAAUAGUUUUUCUUUAAUUAGCUCACUCUUGUUCAAACACUUCCUGUACAAUAAGAACCUAUUUCAGAGGGUCUAAAUGGUUCCUUGGUGGCCAAAUGUCAGAGCUAUGAUCAUUUCAAGUACCCACCGUUCUGUGUCCUCAGCAUAUACAUAUAUCUUUCACUCUCCGCCCCUCAUCACACAGGCUCAACACGUACAGUCAGACUGCAAUGCCUCGAGGGGCGGAUUGGUCAGAGACCAAUACACUUAGCCAGUAUGUUACCCAGUGAGGAGUGUAAUUACCAUGGCUUAUGGCUUGGUCAUCCCCCGCUACGACCACAGUCACUACUGCUGCAACUCCAGACUGCUCUUCAUCUGAAAUUAACAUCCAAAAGACUAUAGGUUAGUUUUGAAGAGCCAUAAGGAAACUGAUUAAGGCAACAAAGUCAAAAGUACAUAAAGUAGUUAGUCCAAGUACAUUGCUGCUAGUUCUACAGCAUCCAUUUUACACCAAGAUUAACCAUUCUUGAUUAGACUGGUUGGCUGACAAUGUCACAAAUGACGUACGCGUCGAUGUGGCCGGAAGGCUUGAGUUAUCAUGAUUCUGAAAUGUCAGAUAGCUAUCAACAAUGACAAGAAGCUGCCAUGUGGGGAAUCGUAGGUGGCACAUCUCAGCUAAUUCUCCUGUUGAGACCAUGUCUUGUUCAGAGGCAUUUUCACAGAUUUCAUGUAAAUAUGGCUCAAAUGUUAAUAUGGCUCAAAUUUUCUAGCCAGCCAACAACUAUCAAUGUAUUUGAGACAAGUGCUCAUUUUGUAUUUGUAUUUAUUAUGGAUCAGCUACUCUUCCUGGGGUCCAGCAAAAUGAAGACAGUUUACACAAUCUUAAAAACAUUACAAUACAUUCACAGAUUUCACAAGACACUGUGUGCCCUCAGGCCCCUACUCCACCACUACCACAUAUCUACAGUACUAAGUAUAGUGCGUAUGUUAUCAUGUUAUCGUGUGUGUGUGUGUGUGUGUGUGUGUGUGUGUGUGUGUGUGUGUGUGUGUGUGUGUGUGUGUGUGUGUGUGUGUGUGUGUGUGUGUGUGUGUGUGUGUGUGUGUGCCAAUGUUUGUGUUGCUUCACAGUCCCUGCUGUUCCAUAAGGUGCUUUUUAAUCUGUUUUUUAAAUCUCAUUUUACUGCUUGUGUCAGUUACUUGAUGUGGAAUAGAGUUCCAUGUAGUCAUGGCUCUAUUUAGAACUAUGUGCCUCCCAUAGUCUGUUCUGGACUUGGGGACUGUGAAGAGACCUCUUGUGGAAUUGUGCAGAUGUAUUUAUGUUUUCAAUAAACAAUGAGACGAAAGUUCAAA